UGGAUGGUUCUCGACAGUGUCCUACUGGGUUUCUUGAUAAUCCGGAUCUUGAAGGUGUUGAAACUGAAGCAUAUCAGAUAUGGAAGAUGCAUGAUUGUGCUUUGAUGCAGCUUAUCAUUGCAACCUUAUCUGUUACUGGCAUGUCUUGUAUAAUUGGCUGUGUGAAUGCACGUGAAAUGUGGAUGAGUCUUCGAGAUCGGUUUUCCACUGUCACAAAAGCUAGAAUAUUUCAAUUGAAAACUGAGCUUCAGAAUAUUAAGAAGGGUACUGACUCAAUUUCUCAGUAUCUCUAACGGAUAAAGGAUGCUCGUGAUCAUUUGGCUGCUGCUGGUGUCUCGUUUGAUGAUGAUGAUAUUGUUAUCAUUGCUCUUAAAGGGUUAUCUUCUGAGUACAAUACCUUUAGAACAGUGAUUCGCGGGCGCGACAAUGUUAUUUCACUUAAAGACUUUCGAGCUCAGUUGCUUGCCGAGGAAGCUGCACUUGAAAACUCUACACUCUCCAGUUCUUUUGUUCCUGCUAUGCUCGCUCAAGGACAUGGCUCUAAUGGGAAAGGGCUAUUACUUGCAGAGGAUUCUUCUCCUACCACUGGUAAUCCGUCAUCACAAUAUCACAUUAGAAGCUCUUAUUCUUCCAAUAAUGGUGGUCACAACUCUAGUUCUGGAGGUUUUAUCAAUGGAGGACAACACUAUAGCUCUGACGGCUAUACUCAUGGUGGCAAUAACUACAAUUCUGGCGGAUUUCGAGGAUCUAAUUUCAGAGGCCGAUCUCGCGGUAGAAAUAAUUUUGGGACUUCACGUUUCUCUGGUCCUCAUUACAAUCCUGGUCCUGGUAUUCUUGGUCCUGCCAGAUCUCAUGUGUCUACUUGCUCUGAGCAUGGCAAUGACGUGCCUAUCUGUCAGAUUUGUGCCAAACGAUGCCACAUUGCUUCUGACUGUUUUCAAAGGCACUCUCCUACACCAGUCUCGUCCUCCUCCAUCCAGUGUCAAAUUUGCUGGAAAUUUGGUCACUCUGCAAUUCAAUGUUAUCACCGAGCUAACUUUUCUUAUCAAGGAAGGUCACCGUCUCCAACUCUCACUGCCAUGAAUGCCACUUAUCAACCUUCUGCCCCACAUGAACAGUUUUGGGUGGCUGACACUGGAGCUACAUCAUAUAUGACCUCUGACUUGGCCAAUCUCAAUCUUGCAACUCCCUUCACAGGCAAUGAUAUUAUCACCACAGCUAGUGGCUCAGGACAAGAUCACAGGGAGAACACUUCUUCAGGGGCUGUGUAGAGCUGGAUUGUACCCGAUUCCUUUUCACAUACCUCAAUUCCUCCUCAAGCAAGCAUAUCACGCAUCUCACUUCUCUAAACAACACCACUGUCUUCUUGGUCAUCAUGUCAAUAUGUCUCUUUGGCACAACAGAUUAGGUCACCCAUCAAAUCUUGUUGCUGCACGAAUGUUGAAUCAAUCUCAGGUUCCAAUUGCAUUAGAUCAAUCUAGGCAUGUGUGUAUCUCUUGUUUAGAGGGCAAAAUAACUAAAUUGCCUUUUACUUUUCCUGCAAAUAAGACUGUACAACCCUUAGAAGUCAUCCAUAGUGAUGUU